GUGCUGAAUCCCGUCAAACGUUAAUCUUCUCUGUGUGUUUCUCGCUCGCCGCCGUACGGCAGUGGACGCCGCUCGGCUUCAAAAUCAGAAAGCCCGACUCGAAGGACGACAUCAGCAAGGAGCGAUUCCAAGGCACCGUCCUCAAAGCCAUCGCCAAACACCCGCGGAAGGAGAUCAAGAAGGAGCCGGAGGAGAACAAGAAGGAACCGGGAGCAGCAGGAGGAGGAACGCUGCUCGGACAGGUCAAAAUCAAAGAGGAGAAACCGGAUGAGGAGCAGAAGGAGGAGGAGAGAGAAAAACCCAAAGGAGAGGGAGGGGCGGAGGUGAAGGUGGAGAUAAAAAAGGAGGCGGAGGAGGAGAAGCAGUCUGGAGGCCCAGCAGCAGCCGGGAGGAGACCGGAGCCGGAGACGGGCCGACUGGUGAUGACCAUCGACGGUCAGCAGAAGCAGCUUCCCUUCGGCCCCGACGACCUGCUGACCGCCGCCACCAUGCUGGACGGGGACAAGGUUCGUUUCAACAUCGCCACGCAUCAGGAGACCAAAGACGAGCGAGCCACCUUCGUGGAAAUUCUCCCCGACUCCUUCGAGGAGUCCAUCGAACAGCGUCGACACGGCAUCGUGAUCGAGUUCGGGGUCGACUCGGGGCUCAUCAAGUGCUCCCAGAAUCCUCAGCUGUACUUCCACAUGUCCGAGGUCAUCGAGAAGAAGAGACUGGAGCUCAACGAGAAGGUCGAGUUCAGCGUCGUCCCGCAUGAAACAGCAGAGGGAGGGAACCAGGCCAUCAGGAUAAAACGUUUCACCGAGAACGUUUUCUUCCCCGUACGGAAGCUGGGCGGCGUCGGAGCGAGCAAAGGAAAGAUGACCAUCAAACUGGGAAAAUCUUCAGAGGACACUGAGAAAGAACCACCGGAGGCAGACAAACUUAAGGCGGUGGUGAAAAAUCUGAGAUCGCAGGACAGCAAGACCAGUAGCAGCAGAAAGGAUUACAGCUCCACUCGGCAUAGACAUGGCAGGAGCAGAAGUAGGAGUAGGAGUAGAGGCAGGAGUAGGAGUAAAAGCAGGAGCAAGAGUCCAAGUAGGAGUAGGGCCAGGAGUAGGAGUAAAAGUAAGAGCAGAAGUCCACCCAGAGACAAGUUUGGACGCAUUGUCAAAAAGAGACGCAGUCCCAGCAUCGAACGUGACCGUAAAAGCAGCAGGUACAGGCGAAGCCGGAGCUGGGAGAGACCAAGAAGACCCACCAAGAGCCACACCAAGAGCCGCAGUAGAAGUCGCAGCCGCACCAAGAGCUCUAGCAGGAGUCGCAGCAGGAGCAGGGAGAGGAGCAGGGACAUCAAGAGGAGGAGCAGAAUUGGUAGAGAGCAGGAAGAAAGUCACAAGAGGAGGAGGGAGUUGAGCCCUCUUCCCAGACGUGGUGGAGUCAUGGACGACGAGCUGGCAAGGAAAAAACGGGAGCUUGAGGAGCUGAAUGACAUGAUUGCUUACAAAAAGUCGUUAGUGGACCCUGGGCAGAGGACCUGCAUAGACUAUGACCAUGGAAGAAUCACUGUACCACUCACUGAGUACAAACCAGUCAGGUCUAUCCUGAAGAAACGAUCAGAGGGACCUGAUUACCUCCAUCCUCAGCCCUAUGAUGAUCCUUAUUAUGACCGGCCAUACAGUCCUUACCAAGAUCGGCGCUACAGUGACCCAUACAGUGAUCCGUACGCCAGUCGUUCCUAUCCCGAUCGCCCCUAUGGUGAGCAUCCCUACAGUGACCCUCAUUAUGAAAAGCGUCUCUAUGGUGAGCCCUCCUAUAGUGUCCCUCCAUCAGCCCCCCAGCGUUACACUGAUCGCUAUGAUGUUUAUGAUGAACCCUAUGACGAUCGUUACUAUGACCCAGCAUAUCCGGACCACCCCUAUGAUGAUCCAUAUCAGCCUGUCAAACGGAGCCAGUCUCCAGAACCCCAUGGUCCCUCACCUACUUCUCAGUCUGGCCUAGUUCCUGCUGCCUCCACCCAGCCUCCCUUGAAGCAUACUGCUGCCACCUCCCAACCCCCUUUCAGACCUCCUUCUCCCACUGAACCGCCUCCUAGAAGUCCCUCUCCAAAACCAAAGAACAUAACACUAUACCAGGCACCUCCACCCGAGAAACCACCCCUCGAUCGAUUCCUUGACAUGCUUAGUAAAAAGGUAGUUGCUGAGAAGAAAGCAGAACAGAGUCCUGUGAGUGAUGACCUUCUGCCUCAUGAGCGGGCAGUUCAAGAUGGCAGGGGGUUUUCUCGGAUUGUGGGAUUGGCUCAAGAGCAACCUAGCAGUAGUCUAGCUCUAGAAGAGAGUAAGACACAGCUAAGCCCCAAAAGGUCCUCAGUUGAGAGAACAAGUGAGGAACCAAAGAUUAAGGUGGAGCCUUAUGACAAGAUUCAAAGUCUACUCCGUACCAUUGGCCUGAAGCUGAGUUCGGGAGAUAUGUCCAAAUUGGCGAGCAGAGCCCAAGAGAAAAUCUAUAGCCCAAAGUCAUCAUCCAUAGAAAGAGAUACUUUGUCAUCCCCAAGGGAAGAACUAGAAAGAAGUAGAACAGCUUCCGUUGAAUCAGACCACAUUCAUUCCCCCUCCCCUGCCAGGUCCUCCAGUUUGGAGCCACUCAGCAGAUCAAAAGCUGUCUCCGAGUAUGAAGGGUUCCUGGACCAGAAGGAGUUGGAAGCACUAAAGAAGGCACAACAGCUGCAGAGUCUUACCAAGACAAUGGGGAGCACACCCUCAUGCACUACUUCUUCGAAACCUCCUCUUGGGCCUCCGCCUGCCCACUACCAACAUCAAUCACCUGCCAACUGGCCCCUUGGAGUUGCUACCCAGAUAUCCCUAGAGCAGAGUACCACAGCCCCCAGCAUGGUCACUUCAUCCCCUCCCGCAGCUGGUCAACCACUCCAGAGCUUUGGACUUCCUGCAGCACCUCCCUCUGGACCUCCUCCACGGCGGCCUGGAUAUCCUCCAGGACCUUCUCCUGGACCUCCAAGCCGGUGCCCUCCCGGACAACAUCCUUUUGAUCCAACCUCCAGCCAUACAGCUGUUCCUUUUAUUGGCCAGCCUCUUGCAGCUCCACCCUGUGACUCCUCCAGUCCUUUACAGCCCUCAAGUACUGCCACCACAGUAUCGCCAACAUCAACACCUCCAGCUUCAAGUCCGGACAACAAUAAUCAAUCAACCAUCGAGACAACAGUGGCCAGAUGUCUGAAGGUCAUAGAGACUGUGAAAUCUCUGGCAGUGCAGCCACCAGCCAAACCGGUCAAGUCAGUCCAGUUCAGUUUACCCACUGUCUCUCCAUCAGCCUCCAUUCCUCAGACCUCAGCAGAGACAGAAGAGGACAUAAAGACUAAGCAGAAGGAGAAGCUGGAUUUGUACAACCAGAGGAUUUUGGAAAAGAGGGAGCAGCUCUACAAGGAAUGGCUAGCCCGUAGGAAACAGGGCGGUGGAGAGUGGAAGGAUGUCCCGCCAGUCUUCCCAGGUGUCCCAGCCACCAUUGAACCCAAGAUCGUUUGGAUUUGUGGUCACUCGCUGGUGUAUUGGGCAGAGUCACGGGCCAAGUCUCCGGAGGUAGGUAUGCAGCUGGGCAUGGACCCCAGCAAGGUGACUAUCUGGUGGAAGGGCACCCAGGGCAUGACGUGGUCCCAGCUGCUGCCUCAGCUCCACCAGCUGAAGGUCACGUGGCCCAACCCAGAUGUCCUCAUCAUGCACCUAGGCGGCAACGAUCUGAGCACCGACAGCCCUACCAACCUGCUCGCCUCUGUCAAGAAGGAUCUGACCUCCAUGAGGAGCAUCUUCCCGCAGUGCGUCCUCGUGUGGUCCAACAUCCUCCCUCGGAGGGUGUGGCGCCACUCUAACGACAACCACGAAGUCGAUCUGGUCCGAACAACGGUGAACCGCAGGAUUCAGAACAUCAUCUCUGAACUGGGUGGCGUCUCACUGACCCAUGACAACAUCAGGUGCGGGGCAAACACGGGCCUGUAUCGGGCCGAUGGCGUCCAUCUAUCCCCCAAGGGCAUCGACAUUUUCAAUUUGAACCUGCAGGAUUUUCUGGAGAAGUGGGAGAUGGAGGGAAACUAGAUAAAAGUUAUGAGGUGUAUCAAAUAUUUUCUAUUUUUAUGUUGUCUCUUUUAUUUCUAAUGAUAGCUAGACAGUGAGUCACACAACUAUCAGCUUAUUCAAGUCAGAAAUACUCCAUUCGUAAGGGAUCCAUCUUGUUUGUAGUUUUAUUUGAACAUGUAGGAACCUCAGGCACAGCUGCUAUUCGUGGGAAACAUGUUUGUCUCUCUUGAAACAAUAAAUUCGCUAAACACUGA